UCUGUACGUCACUAGAAUAAUCAUAUGUUAUCAAUUCGCGACAUCAUUUGUUCCGACGGUGCUCUGUUAGUGAAUUUGAAAAAGAAAGGAUAAUAUUCGAUAAACAAAAUGCAGUUGAAAGAAAUAGAAAAGGAGUUCAGUGUUCAAGCGCCUUGGGGCAAUAUUAAUGGCGUCACAUGGGGUGAUUCAUCCCUUCCUCCCGUUUUAGUUGUGCACGGCAAGUUAGAUGUGUGCACAGGCUUCCGUCCUUUGGUCACCCUCCUACCACGAACAUUCUACUACGUAGCGAUAGACUUACCUGGGAACGGUCGCUCAGACCCUCUACCAAGAGGUGUGAGGUUUACAGUUUUCGACUUGGUGCCAGUAAUAAAUAUUGUGAAGGAUCACUAUGGAUGGUCGAAUUUUAUAUACAUGGGACAUUCACUCGGCUCACUUAUAGGUAAGAUUUAUAACAUAGUGUAUCCUGGGGUGAUAUCGCGUGUGGUGGAACUCGACCCAGUUCCAGCCCAUCAUACCUGGGCUACCACUAGGGAGGACUUCAGGAAAUGGUACCACGCCUACUAUGGAUCGUAUGAGCCGCACAGAUACCACAAGUUCUAUGGUGGGCCUGAGACCGCGCCAAAGUACACGUACGAAAAGGCUCAGGAAAUGAUGAUGAAGACCAGAUCUAUGACAAAGGAAGCUACAGUUAACGUUUUAGAAAGAUGUCUACAGCCUGUCGAAAAUGGCCUUUACAGAUUCACCUAUGAUCAGAGAAUGAAAGAAGUGACAGUCCUACCUUUCUCCGGCGAUCUUUUAAGACAGAUCUACACUCCAGUGACUAUACCAACUUUCGCAGUCAUAGCACAAGAAUUGAUUGACGGAGGGGCAUAUGACGAUGUUCCCUUCGUAACGAACUCUAGAAGCUGGCCGAACAAAAAUUAUACGUUUAAAAUAGUACAAGGAAGUCACGAUGUCCAUAUAUAUAACCCAGAAUGUAUGGCAGAGGAUGUCGCUAAAUUUUUGAUGGAACAUUAUAAAUCUAAAUUAUAGAAAGUGUAAAAAAAAUAACAAAUUUUUAAAUAAAUGAGGUCCCAAUACUGUUCCUUGUAAGACCGCUUAAGAAGUUUAUUCCCGAUUAAGUUAUUUUCAACCUUAUUAGAAUAACUUUAGCAUUCAGAUCCUUAAAUCAUAGAACACCAGGGGGAGAUAUACGUUAUUACGUAUUUAAUGUUUUUUUUUUUUUUGAAUAAUUUUGGAUUUUCUCGACAACAUAGUGGUUAGCACAUUCGGUUUAGUAACAUUCAUAAAGGCCGGUCAUAGAAUGGAUGACCAACAAUGUAUUUUCUGAUAUUAUCCUGAAUUGAAAGGGUGAGUUUCUUUUCUAUUGAGAAAAUUUUAUAAAUUCACGUUUUAACUGUGACAGGACCUGUGGCAAUAUAAUGUUGAUUUGUUAUAGUGGAAUUUUCUUUCAAUUAUUUUACUAAAAAUAAGGUAUCAAUCAAAAUUUGAAAAAAAUAUUGUAUUCACUAGCAAUAAGGUUAAAUACUGAAAAUCAGUGCUUUGCUCUCCUAGUAAAUACUCACUAUGUUUUAGCACAUUUGCAUCGCUGCGGACACAUAUUGUGUUGUUUUAUUUAUGGAAAAUUUUGUGGGUGCAUGAUGCAAAUAAAGAAUUUAUCUAUAUCAAAAUCAUAAAUAGUUUUAAUUAAUUAAUACAAAUUAUAAAAGGCAUAUUUUUUACAAUAUUUAUAUAAAAUUAUAUCACAUAAAUAAUAAAGUUUAAGUCCCUUAAGAUACACGACAAUAUUUUUCCAAAUACCCAAUGGAUAACCUACUUAUAAUAGGAUAAAUUCAUUGUAGCUUUUCCUAUUCUAAGUUGGAAGAUUAA